AUGCUCGUCGACGAGUACGACCAGUACCCCAAUGAAAAGACGACCGACGUCGUCGUCUCUCGCUCUGACUCUGAUGAGCCCGAGGCUCCCUCCGCUGCCGACCGUACGUUCCCUGCCAAUAUCCCUCUCCCCCUCCCAACGGUGGACCCCUCUGCCCGUGAGCAAACAGGACCGGAUUCCAGAUGGUGGCAUACCGUCCCGUGGCGCUCGUGGAUAGCCAUGGCGAUUGGUUCUGCUCGCCAACGGACCGGUUCGCCGGCUCUGACUUCAGCACUGGGUUUGGAAAAUGUUUCUAACCGAUGGAAUAAUGUCUUUCUAGACGAAGCAAUGAUGGCCGCAGUGCUCCCCAAGAACACCGAUCUCGAAGUCGAGGAGGAGGCCUACCACACAUGGCACAUCCAGGAUUGGAGAAAAUCCGAACGCAAGCUUCAUGGUCCGACCUUCAAGUGCGGCGGGCGCAUUCUUUUCUUCCCUUACGGAAAUCACACCGAGACCGCCUCAUUCUAUCUGGAGCAUGCGUGGGAUGGCGAACCACCUGAAAACUGGUACGCUUGUGUGCAAUUUGCAUUGGUUUUGUCCAAUGUCAAGGACCCCUCGAUCUAUGUCUCCCACGUGGCCACUCAUCGAUUUACGGCCGACGAAGGGGACUGGGGCUUCACCCGCUUCUACGACCUGCGAAACCUUUUCAGCGAACCGUGGAAAAACAAGGGAGUUCCGCUAGUCCAGGAUGAUGAGGCGAACAUCACAGCCUAUGUUCGUGUGGUGAAGGACCCUACCGGUGUCCUCUGGCAUAGCUUCCAGAACUACGAUUCCAAGAAGGAGACUGGUAUGGUGGGACUCAAAAACCAGGGUGCCACUUGCUACCUGAAUUCGCUUCUUCAAUCCCUCUAUUUCACCAAUGCCUUCCGUAAAGCUGUGUAUCAAAUUCCUACCGAGGAGGAGGCAUCUCGCGAAAACAGCGCAUGGACCCUCCAAAGACUCUUCUACAACUUGCAGACUAGCGACUCCGCCGUUUCCACGACUGAAUUGACCACCUCGUUUGGCUGGGAUUCGCGCCAGGCCUUCGAACAGCAGGAUGUUCAGGAGCUCUCUCGAAAGCUGAUGGAACGAUUGGAGGAGAAGAUGAAGGGUACCGUUGCCGAGACGGCCCUUCCCGAUAUGUUCGUGGGAAAGACAAAGACCUAUAUUUCUUGCAUCAACGUCGAUUACGAAUCCUCCCGCGUGGAAGACUUUUGGGAUAUCCAACUGAAUGUCCGAGGCAACAAGACUCUGGAUGACAGCUUCCGGGAUUAUAUCCAGGUGGAAACACUCGAAGGAGAGAACAAGUACGAUGCCGGUCCUCCCUAUGGCCUGCAGGAUGCCAAGAAGGGUGUUAUCUUCGAGAGCUUCCCGCCAAUUCUGCAUCUCCACCUCAAGCGGUUCGAAUAUGACCUGAACCUCCUGACCAUGAUGAAAGUUAACGACCGACACGUCUUCCCAAUGGAAUUUGAUGCUGCUCCGUACCUCUCGGAAAAUGCCGACAAGUCCGAGCCAUGGGUUUAUGAGUUGCACGGCGUGCUAGUCCACAGCGGAGGUCUAGACGCUGGUCACUACUAUGCGUUCCUGAAGCCUACCAAAGACGGACACUGGUACCGGUUCGAUGACGACCGGGUAAACCGCUGCACCGAAAAGGAGGUGCUGGAAGAGAACUAUGGCGGUGAAUAUGAGAAUGUGAAUGGCGCGCGACAGCCGUACACGCGAACAUACUCCACCAAGCGCUCGAUGAAUGCCUACAUGUUGGUUUAUGUCCGAAAGACGAGAUCGGACGAUGUUCUUCUUCCUAUCGAGAAAGAAGAUGUUCCUUCUCACAUUGCGUCUCAAAUGGCCACGGACCGAGCGGACGCGCUGCGGAGGAAGAAGGAGAGGGAAGAGGCGCAUCUUUACAUUCCCGUCGGCAUUCUCACGGAGCAGACGUUCCAGUCGCACCAUGGCUUUGACCUGACUAGUAUGGACCUGCCAGCUGACGAUCCAGCUUUGCCUGCGCAGUACCGAGUUCUACGAACCAAGAAGAUCGGCGAGCUCGCGAAGGAGAUCGCCGAGGAGCGCAGCCUCAACGCGGACGCUAUCCGAUUCUGGGUGAUGGUCAAUCGCCAGAACAAGACGAUCCGUCCCGAUCAAGUCAUUCGGGACCCGGAGAUGACUGUUGAGGAUGCCUACACCAAGUUUGGCACCAAGAACAACCACUUCAGACUCUGGAUGGAGGUUGCCACGCCUGGACCUGACGGCCAGCUGCCCCCUUGGCCCGAGGCAGAUACCAUUCUGGUUUUCCUGAAGCACUUUGAUGUGGUGGCUCAAACCUUAUCUGGUGUUGGUCCCGUGUACGUUCGCAAGAGCCAGAAGGUGGCAGAGCUGGCUUCUACAAUCCUCGCAAGAAUGGAUUGGCCCCCGGGUACCGAAUUCCACCUUUACGAGGAAAUCAAGCACAACAUGAUCGACCUCAUGAAGCCCAAGCAGACCUUCCAACAGUCUGAGAUCCAAGACGGUGAUAUCAUCACCUUCCAGCGCUCUUUGAAGGAGUCGGAAGUUCCAGCCACCGCGCUGUACACCGAUGCUCGGCAAUUCUACGACCAUCUUCUGAACCGCAUGGACGUCACAUUUGCGCCUACCAGAAGCACCGAUGGAGAAGAGUUUACUCUGCUGCUCAACAAGAAGAUGAAUUACGACCAGGUGUCAAAGAAGGUUGCCGAGCACUUGCAGGUCGAGCCGACACACCUGCGGUUCGCACCUGUCAUGGCCAGCACCGGCAAGCCAAAGGCCUUUUUGAAGCGGUCGACGACUUCGACUCUUCAACAGAUUCUCAAUGGCCAAUACGGAGCCUACGGCUAUACUAUGCACCGAUCGGAUGCUCUGUACUACGAGGUCCUGGAUAUGAGCCUCAGUGACUACGAAAGCAAAAAGAGUUUGAAGAUUACACUAGUCCUCGAGGGCAUUACCAAGGAAGAGUCUGUCGAGGUCCUGGUGGCUCGUAAUGGAACGGUCGCUGAAAUUGUAGAGGCUCUGCAGAAGAAGGCGAACCUUGAUCCUGAGACGACUCGUGAUCUGAGAAUUCUUGAGGUACACAAUGGAAAGAUCUAUAAAGAUCUGCGCGAGGAUGUUAACGUUGCGACCAUCAACGAAUAUUCCACGCUAUAUGCAGAGAAGACUCCAGUUGAAGAACUCAAUCUGGAGGGUGAAGAUCGGGUUAUUGGAGCUUUCAAUUUCGACCGCGAACCUACUAGGACUCACGGGGUUCCAUUUAAAUUUGUUGUGAAGCAGGUCAGAAUUCCUUCUUAUCCUCCCUCUUUUUCAACAUACAGAUUUUCUGACAUGAUACAGGGCGAGAUUUUCAAGGAAACCAAGGAGCGUCUGUCAAAGCGGACCGGUAUCAAGGGCAAGCCCUUUGAGAAGAUCAAGUUCGCCGUUGUCCCGCGUGCUUCUUUCUCAACUCCCAAGUACAUCGAAGAUGGUAAGUGCCCUACCAAUGCGUGCUUUGUCUCUGCCACUAGCAAAACCGUAAGGAAAUACUAA